AUGUCGAAUUCCGAACCCUACUAUAGCGAUCUCAAAGCUCCACCCUAUAUCCUUCCACCACCCCCUACUGUUGAGGAGAGAGUGGCCUUCUUGAAGCAUGUGCUUGACCUCACCGAUCCUAUUUACGGACAUCGCCAAGAGAUGAAUAUCCAACUAGUUAUUGAACUCUAUGAAAAUGGUGCUGUCACUACCGAUGACGAUGUUUGGGUUUCAGGCGGACGCCGAGUAACCAACUAUGAAGAAUGUCUAGCAACAAAACAACCAUCCUUCCAUGAGGUAAGUUAG